AUUUGCAUAAAGGGGAGGGACUUACAGACGCCGGGACGCCGGUUGGCUAGGGAGGCGCCUUGGCGUCGGCAGUUGAGACGCGUAGCCCGGGCGGAACGCCGGGCCGUUGGGGCGCAGAAUUUACACGACGGAUGGUGGGAGAAAGAGGCGGCGCAUGCGUGGUGCGUCCGCGGAAGGAUGAGGGGCAGAGACGCAGGAAAAGGAUGCUAGGCCCUCGACGCUUUCAGCCGAGGGGACUGAAAGAACUGCGACGAGCGGAAGGGAUUACGUAGUCGAGGGCGGAGUUUACAUAGACCCUGGAAGAGCCUCGGGUCUGGCGUCCAUUCGGGAGAGGACCCACAUGAAGGAAAUCGAGAACCCACUCCCACAGGUUGUCCUCUGACCUCUACGCACAUCUUGAGAAAACAAAAGGAGGCAGCAUGGAUGGAGAGGCCCAUCUCGCACAGCACACUCCACCAAGGCCUCUCUUCCAGGUGCUGUGUCACCUCCUGUGGGCCUGUGAAGCACAUACCAGGGGACACUGGCACCCAUGGGACCUGAAGUUAUAGGAUCCUGUGCUCUCUGGGUGUCUCAGCCCCCUGAGAUUCGUGCCCGGGAGGGCACCACUGCCCUCCUGCCCUGCUCUUUCAAUGCCAGCCAAGGGACAGUGGCCAUUGGCUCUGUCACAUGGUACCAAGACAAAGUGGCCCCGGGGAUGGAGGUGAGCAACAUGACCCCAGAGUUCUCGGGCCGUGUGGCCUCUUUUGCCGCUGUCCCCCAAUUCACCAGGGACCACACGGCAGAGCUGCUCAUACAGGACGCCCGAAGCCAUGACACCGGAAUCUAUGUGUGCAGGGUGGAGGUGCUAGGCCUGGGCGUCGGAACAGGAAACGGUUCUCGGCUGGUGGUGGAGAAAGAGCCUCCUCAGCAAGCCUCCGGCUCAGAGCAAGCAGCCCACACAAGUCUCCUCCUCCGGGCUGGAUUCUAUGCCCUCAGCUUUCUCUCUGUGGCCACGGGCAGUACCCUCUAUUAUCAGGGCAAAUGCCCCUGUCACGUGGGCACACCUCCGACAGCCUGUGAGGAGUGAUUUCUAAAUCUCAGUGACCCAGCACUCUCAAAGACCAGCAAUAAAUCCGUACCUGCUCCUCGCUCCUA